AUGGCGUGUCCUCCACUGAGCCUCGUGCUCUGCUGCGUACCUUGCUAUGGCCAUGCAAAGCCGCUGGUUCUCCUGGCGGAACAUCUGGCAGAGGCUGGUCACGAGGUCACCUUCGUCACAUCGCAGCCCAUGGUAGCUCGCAUACAAGGGAUGUGCAGGGACCCUCGCGUGGCGGUAUUGGGACUGCAAGACGAGCUUGUACCCGAGAGCGAUCACUUCCUACUAGGAAUGCAACCGCACGUGAAGAAACACCCGGUUUGGUACGCGGAGGAGAAAAUGACCCCUUCCUUGGUGACGUUGAUCAAGGGCAUGCCUCGCCCGCCGGACAUGAUGAUCAGCGACCACCUGACGUGGGCGGGGGCGAACGCGGCGAGGAUCGUCGGGGUGAAACACGCCUGCCACGUCGCGUGGCCGCUCUUCAUGCUCGAGCAAUGCGGCUUCCUACCCGCGCGCUCUCUCUCGGGCGUCCUCGGGGCCGCUGCCCGCGCCCUCCGCUCCAGCCGCCUGGCCCCCGCUUUCUUGAAACCGCCAGGGCCGCCGAGGGCGAUGUUGGACCGCGUCCGACAACAAUGCUUGGGGGUCGAAGAGGGCUCGGCGGGGCUGGUGCUGGUGAACUCUUUCGGGAUCGAGCCUCCGCGGGCCUUGCCACCGUGCCUCAAGGUCAUCGGUCGCGGGCACCUGCCGGAGACGGUGGAGGCCCUGGAGGAACACCCGGAGCUCAAGACUUUCCUCGACAGCAACGACGCCGUAGUGUACGUGACAUUCGGGAGCCGCGUUACACCCCCCCCUUCCCUCGUGCGGGCCGUGGCGGAAGGGCUGGUGACCGGAGGUUGGGCUGUGGUGUGGUCGCUGAAGGAGGCCGAUGCUUCACACCUUCCUCCGGCCGCUCUCGCGUCGGGGAGGUUCUUCGUUCGGCCGUGGCUUCCCCAGGGUGCCGCACUCGCCCACCCGCACGUCAAGGUCGCGGUGACGCACUGCGGGAUGGGCGGGCUCUACGAGUGUGCGGUGAACGCCGUCCCCAUCGUACCGCUACCUUUCUCCCUGUCCGCGGACCAGCCGGUCAACGCGGCCAUCGCGGAGGCGGCGGGUUUCGCGGUCCGCCCGCGCCCCCUUUCCAGGAAAGCCACCGAUUUACUCAAGUUUUGGAAGCGUCGCGGUGACCCGGAAUACGCUCCCGCGGCCAUUCACGACGCCGUGCUGAAAAUUUUGCGAGACCCGUCGCUGGCGGAGGGCGCACGCAGGGCGAAGCGCGCCGCGCUUGCGGCGGGCUACGGGCGCGUGGCGGUGGAUGCUGUGGAGUCGACCUGCCUUUACGGCACAGAUAACCUGCCCGCGGAAAACGGAGGGAUCGGAAAUGCUGCCGGGGCGACGCAAACGUUGCGGCGUAUUGUUGGGGGAGUCGUUGUUGGAGCGGUGUUGUCGGGUUUGUUGGCCGUCAAGCUGUCGCAUGGCGGGAGCCGCCGAACACGGUAA